AUGGGUUCUGACUUAGAUCAUGUUACUGCUCUUAUUGAUAAAUUAGCACUUGAAUUUAAGGUUCGUGAUAUGGGUGUGCCUUCUUUCUUCUUGGGAAUAGAAAUUGUCCCAUUAUCUAGCGGUAUGCUUUUAUCCCAACAACGGUACAUGAAGGAUAUUCUCAAACGUGUUGGCAUGGUGGACUGCAAGUCAGUAAUCAGGCCUGUCUCUUCUGCGAAAAUCACAGACGACGUGGCCGUUCCCUAUGCCAAUCCAACACAAUACAGGAGUCUUGUUGGUGCUCUCCAGUAUCUUACGCAACGGACUGUGGCACGUUCUUCAACUAAAGCAGAAUACAAGGGACUCGCUGAUGUAUCUGCAGAAGUUCCAUGGCUCGUUUCUCUGUUACAUGAAAUCGGCAUCCUGCCUGCGCCUCCUCCUCGACUAUGGUGUGAUAAUUUGGGAGCUACUUAUUUAUGUGCCAAUCCAGUGUUUUAUGCCCGCAAAAAGCACAUUGAGAUUGGCUAUCAUUUUGUUCGCGAUAAAGUAGCCAAAAAUGAGUUAGAAGUGUAG